GCCAUUUUCAUAGUCGGCUUAGAGUUGUCUGGCAAAAUUUGUAAAGUAAUUAAACUAACUACAAUACCACAUUGCUUAUAUGGCUCAGAUCCAGUUGCCGCCCGAGGAUGCUGUGGUUGGCCAUGAAUUGAUAUUGCUCCAUGCCUGCGUCAAGUUUAAGGGAAUUGUGGACCGGUUUGGCGGCGAUUCCGAUAUGGCACUUCUGAUCUAUAAUAUGCAAGUGUGCUGGCCAUCCAAUAGAGCCACAAAAAAGAGCUUGCCCUGUGCCAUGCUUAAAUUGUGUUUAACGUAUGAGAUUGGAAUCUCAUCGUUAUCAAGCUCUGGCGAUCCGGAGCAUUUGCCCGAGCUGCCGCCGGGUGACGAACAGCGUUUACAACGAGCCGCUCUCCACCUGCAGCAGAAAUUGAUUCUGCGCGAAUGGCUGCGGGAGUAUCGUAUGCAACAUCAUUACCAACGUCUGCUGGCCGUUGAGGUGGCCUCGUUGGAGGACGUGUACUGGCUGGAGGAUUCGCGUGCCAGCAAGAUACUCGGCAAGGAUUGGCAAUUGUGGUCGACUGCGCGUCAAGGCCUGCCCACAUCGAAGGCACAGCUGGACGCUUUAAAGGCGCAGCUGUGGUCAACGGUGGUUAAGUCAAGUCAACAUCAGGACGCCUGGACAUGGGGCGGCAUGCUUGUGGUCUCUGUUUCCGUUGCCGGUCUGGUCACACUCGCCGCCAUGACACAACCUUCUUUGGCGCCGGAAGCGCGCCACUCACUUCUACAGUACGUAACCGGGAAGUAUCUGCUGCCCGCCAACUGCAGGGUUCAGUGGGACUGGAAAGAUCCGGCCCAUGUCGGCGGCACCAUGUGCUUCGUUGUGCGCUUCUUUCAGCGGAAUGGCCAGCCGUACCCCAUCUGUGAUACCGAUCACUUCUUCGUAGAAGUCACCGAGGGCACACGCAAAGUAGUCACAAUCAGUGAGCUGGGCUCAUCCACAGAUCCCAAUAAUGCCAACAUUGCCAAAGUCAAGUUCACAGUUCGCACUGCGGGACAGUACAACAUUUCCGUGCUGAUCGGCGCUAGUCAUAUAGCCGGUUCGCCUUUUGUUCGCAACUUUCUGCCCGGCGCCAUCGAUCCACGCAGGUCACGAUUCAUUCGGCCAGCUAGCACACUCAUCUGCUGCGCCAGUGCUCCGACUUUGAUGCACAUAGAACCGAGGGACGAGUUUGGGAAUGCGUGUCUCUUCGAGCAGUCCGACGAGGCCUUGCAGGGUUACCGUGUCGCUAUUUACGACCUAAACGGCGCAUCCGUCGAAAAACUGCAGCAUGCCAUUGCCUUUAGCUACGACAGAGUCAAUUCGCGCGUUUCAGUGACUGCUCUCUUUCCAGAGCCCACAUGCUUGCGUGCUAGUAUCAGCUAUCGAGAUCAGCAACUGCCUAAUGGCGACUUUGACAUAAUUGUGCUCAGCAGUAGCGACACGACGCUCGUUCAUAAAAAUAUUGCGUCCCGAAAGCACAAUAUCUGCUACGAGGCCAAGCUGCUGAGUGUUUAUGGAGCAACAAGGAGCAAACCCAGGAAAGUGAUGUGCUAUGUGGGGCCGAAACAGAACUCGUUGAUCUUUCAGGUGACGAUCAAGGAAAUGAUAUUGAAGUUCAUACCGAAGCGCAUUGCCACAUUUCGGCUGUGUCCGUCGACCAAGUUCCACUUUCUGCCUCAGCUGGUGACGCAGUUGCAUGGGCCGGUUUUCAUUAUAGACGAUGGUGCACAGCCACGCAUCGAGCUUGCCUCGAAAGAUCGCAACAUAAUUGCUGCGACUUUCACGCACUUCUUGCUGAAGAAUAUUGGUGGCUCGGAGACGUUCAAGGACAAGCAGGAUUUCUUCUAUCACGAGGUGCGCAAGUUCCAUGCCAGCUAUUAUCACGAGAAAAUGGCACUCAAAGUGAAUCGCGAAAAGAUACUCGAGAGCAGUAUGAAAGCCACCAAAGGAUUUUGUGUCUCGGAUUGGUGCGGCAACUUCGAAGUCACUUUCCAGGGGGAGCAGGGUAUUGACUGGGGUGGCCUGCGUCGCGAAUGGUUCGAAUUGGUUUGCAGCGCUCUGUUUGAUUCAAGAAGUGGACUCUUUUGUACAUUUCAUGACAAGCACCAGGCGCUGGUGCAUCCAAAUCCAACACGGCCGGCGCAUCUAAAGCUGAAGUAUUUUGAAUUUGCGGGAAAAAUGGUUGGCAAAUGUCUCUUUGAAAGUGCUCUAGGCGGCAGCUACAGGCAAUUGGUGCGAGCACGCUUCAGUCGAUCGUUUCUGGCCCAGCUCAUUGGGCUAAGAGUACACUACAAGUACUUCGAGCAGGAUGAUCCCGAUUUGUAUUUGUCGAAAAUUAAGUACAUACUCGAUACGGAUUUGGAUGGCACAGACACCCUGGAGUUGUACUUCGUGGAGGAUGUAUAUGAUAACAGCGGGCAACUAAUCAAGUCCAUAGAACUUAUUCCAAAUGGUGCCAAGACACGCGUAACCAAUGCCAGUAAAAAUCAAUAUCUGGAUGCUUUGGCACAGCAGCGACUUUGCAACAGUGUUAAAGAUGAAGUCGACAGUUUUCUAAAGGGUCUGAAUGCAAUCAUACCCGACAACUUGCUAAGCAUUUUCGAUGAAAACGAAUUAGAGCUACUGAUGUGCGGCACUGGCGAGUAUUCUAUAACCGACUUUAAGUCGCAUCACAUUGCCAAUGGAAAUUCGGCGGAGUUUCGACGUGUACUCGCCUGGUUCUGGGCAGGAGUUAGCAAUUUUAGCCAAACUGAAAUGGCCCGUCUGUUGCAGUUCACCACUGGCUGUUCUCAGCUGCCGCCUGGCGGGUUUCAGGAGCUGAAUCCACAAUUUCAAAUAACCGCAGCGCCCACAUUUGGAAACCUGCCCACGGCACACACCUGUUUUAACCAACUUUGCCUGCCGGAUUACGAGAGCUACGAGCAAUUUGAAAAAUCUUUGCUGCUGGCCAUCAGUGAGGGCAGCGAGGGCUUUGGCAUGGUCUGAGUCCUUAUCAAGGGAACACUUUCUUUAUUUUAUGUUAAUAAGAAAUUGAAACUAAUAUAGUUCCUAUGCUUUGUGUCAUAGAUGGCUAGAAUUUCUAUUAUUCGUGACAUACGACUUUAGAUUCUCAUAAUUUCCCAUUUCCGAGUUAAAUAGUUGAUGAAAGCAAAUGAAACGUAAAGUAAAACCAUAGAAUAAGAAGCUGUUCUGAAACGAGUCAAAGUGAAAAAAUGAAUAUAUAUCAUCAUCAAAAAGAAUGUGAUAAUUGAAUAAUAAACUAG